AACAUAACUCGAACAAAUUACAUAAUAUGGACAAUGGGAACAGAUUUUAAGUAUCAAUACGCACAUGCAUGGUACCGGCAAUUGGACAAGCUUAUUCAUUAUGUGAACAAGGAUGGACGUGUCAAUGCUCUGUAUUCUACGCCAUGCAUAUAUACUGAUGCUAAAUAUGCUGCAAAUGAGUCUUGGCCUAUCAAAACUGGCGAUUUCUUCCCCUAUGCAGAUCGUGCAAAUGGUUUCUGGACAGGAUACUUUACCAGUAGGCCAGCUUUGAAACGCUAUGUCAGAAUAAUGAAAGGCUAUUAUUUGGCUGCAAGACAACUUGAAUAUUUUAGAGGGUGAAAGAACUCGGGGCCAAAUACAGAUUCAUCAGCGGAUGCUUUAGCAAUUGCUCAACACCAUGAUGCAGUCACUGGCACAGAAAAGCAGCACAUGGCCAAUGAUUAUGCUAAACGGUUGGCAAUAGGCUACAAGGAGACAGAGGAACUGGUUUCAUCAUCACUGGCUUGCUUGGCUGAAUCAACAUUGUUUACUGGAUGUCAGAACCCAGUUACAAAGUUUCAACAAGUAAAAUAUCUUUAAUCUCGAACUUUUAGGUGAUAAGAUUUGAUUAACCUGUGAUGGCUUGUGAGGUUCCCAUUAUUCUAAAAGAAGCAGAUGUGCUAACUAUUUGUAAGCCGGCAUCUGUCCCUGUAAGUAAGU